AUGUUGUAUUUCAAUUUAUGCAAACAGUGUCAAAUAAAACACGGUGCACCUAGGAAAGGUAUUGUUGUGAAACCAAUGAUCAGUUCUGAGUUAAACUCAGGAUGUCAAGUUGAUCUGAUAGAUCUGCAGUCAAACAGAGAUGGCGAAUAUAAGUUCAUAAUGGUGUAUCAAGAUCAUUUAACUAAGUUUGUCCAGCUACGACCUUCGAAAAGCAAGAGAGCUGAAGAAGUAGCGUAUCACAUUCUUGUUAUAUUUUUAACAAUUGGUGCGCCAGAAAUAUUACAAUCAGAUAAUGAUAGAGAAUUCAGUAAUCAAGUCAUAUCCGAAAUAUGCGCUAUGUGGAAAGUUAUUAAGAUAGUUCAUGGAAAGCCUCGUCACGCAAACACAAGGCUCAGUUGA